AUGGCGGUAUCUACUUUUAUUCGUUGUGCACAAUUUCGACGUUUGAUCGGCAUAAGCAGCAACGCUAUCGCUUUAUUUCCGAGUACCGGACGGUAUUCGAAGCAUAUUGAAUCGCGAUCAUAUGUAACAGUUGUCGAUGAAAUUAAAGAUUCGAUCGAGUCCGAAACGAAGAAACCUGAGAAGAAAACAAGCAAAGCUAUGCGAAUGUACUUGCAACGUGCAAAGGAACACGAUGAAUUUAUGAAGAAAGAGGUCGUAGAAUAUCAGAUAGGGAAGAGACACUUGGCUAACAUGAUGGGUGAAGAUCCAGAAUGUUUUACGCAAGCGGACGUAGAUAGAUCAAUCGAAUAUCUAUUUCCAUCGGGGCUGUUUGAUCCGAGAGCUCGGCCGAUGAUGAAGCAUCCAGAAAAGAUUUUCCCAAGUAGGAAAGCAGCAGAAUUCGAUGAGACUGGGAGACCCUUCCACUCGAUGUUUUACACCUCCAGACCGAAUUAUUAUGAGACACUAUACAAUAUUGUCGACACGAUCAAGUCGCUGAAUAAUAUCGAAGACUCGUUGAUAAAGCAAGGGACAUUACCUGUGGACAAAAUCGAUCUGAUAGGUUCGUCGUGGUUGUUGAAGCAUGAGAUUGAAGAACAAUUGCUUGAAAGUAUUUUUGAUUUUGAGUACGACUACCUUAUUACUUCGCUAGAACGACUGUGUGAUCAUCCAUUGUCAAGUCGCGCAAAAGACUUUAUUUUAAAAUAUCGUAGAAAGCUUGCUACCCAUUCCACUGAGAUAGUAAUACCACCUUUGGAACACGACAGUACAGGAAGACCAUAUAUCACAGUUAAAAAUUGCAUGAGAAAGUCUGCAAGAGGUGAAGUGACAAUUUGGGGUAAUGGCUCUGGAAAGAUUAUCAUUAAUGGAUGUGACAUAACAUAUUUUGAAGAAACUUAUCAUCGCGAACAGGUUCAUAGCAAAUACAGGACGAUGUCAUUAGCAUCGACCAUUGGGAAACCUUUUAGUCGACUUCAACUCGGUUUUGGAAUUUUUGGAGUUCAAUAUCUCUGGAACGUUAAAUAG